AUGAGAGUCAGUAUUUUAAAAUUUGUUUUUUUUUCAAUUAUUAUUUGUUUUUUUAAAUAUGCCAAAAAUGAAUUAUACUUUAUAAAUGAGAGAAACAUAUAUCAUGAAAGGAAUAUAAUACAGCUUAGAAGUAUUAGGAUAUUAGCAGAUGUAGACAAUCAAUUUGAUUUAAAUGAUUUUUAUCAAUCAACUUUGAGUCUUGCAAAUCAAUUUAAUGACUACGAUAAUGAUGAUGAAGAAAUGAUAUCUAUUCGAAAUAUUAUAGAUUCACAUAUAAAGAAGCAUAAAGAAAAUAAUACAUUACCCGAUUUAAAUAAUGUAGAUAAAAGAACGAAAAAGUUAAUUCAUGGACUUCACAAAGAAAUAGAAGAAUUUAAAAAAGAGCUUGAUAAUAAAGGGGAUAAUGAAUUAGCAAUACAACCAAUACAUGAUAAAAUAAUAAUAAAAAAAGAUGAAAAUAGUUCUGUAUCAGAACAUGAAGACUUUAAACAAUUGAAAAAUUCUGAAAAUAUUUUGGAGAUUAAUGAUGAUAAAUUUGACGAUAAAUAUUAUGAAAUUAAAACAAGUAAUAAUUAUAAGAAAUUCAAAAUUAAUGAAAAUAUUAAAAAAGAUAAAGAAAAACCGCUUAAGAAGUUGCUGAUGGUGUCUUUUACAAUUUUGUUGGCGAUGAUAGUAUCAGGAACAAUAAAAUUACUAUUAAUACUUGCACCUUUGGGGGCUUUAAUAUUUAGGAGCUGGCGGAAAGUCAGGAAAUAUAGCUUUAAAUUAUGA